AGGAGGCGGCGCUCUGACCCGAGAGCCCCGGGAAGCUGCAGAGCGCGUCGUGAAGAAGAACAACAUCGGUGAUGAUGGAUCGAAUGAGGUCGAUGUUUAACGGCAUGGUUAAAAGCGAGCGGUACAGCAGGUUCACUCUGCAGCAGGCGGAGGACGGAGAAAGACACGCUGAGGUCAAACUGUCAGACUGUGGCACUGAUGACGCCACAGAGGCGGGAGGCUCUCCGACCUUCAGGCCAGCUCCUCUGCAAAGGAGCCACCGUACUCUCUUCUGCGUGGCCUUGGGGACCGUGGUGAUAUUUUUUUUUGGAUUUCUGAUUGGCUUCAUCAGCCACAGUCAACCCCAAGCGGAGCCGGUGAACUGCAGCACGACAGCUGCUCCAGUUUCUACAUCUCCAGGUGCUCCAGUGACUAAACGUCCAGUUGCUCCAUCUCCAGUUGCUCCAGUUGCUCCAGUUGCUCCAGAAGUUCAUCUGGACUGGAAGGACAUCACCCAACUCCUCACACAGAAGCUCACCAGCCAGGCCUUUGACAAGACUCUGAGGGAAUUUGAUCUGCCCAGACGCUCAGCGGGAAGCGAUGAGGAUAGGAAUCAGGCAGACCACAUCUUCAAUGAAUUCACGAAACUGGAGAUGGAGCCCUGGACUGACGUUCACUACGUUCGGCUGCCGACGCCAGACAGCAAGCAUCCAAACCGUGUUGUGUUUGAUUCUCUGAACUGUACGCCAACGGGGUAUCUGGCCUACAGUCCUGCUGGCAGAGUUCAGGGCAAGCUGGUGUAUGGAAACUACGGCCGACCAGAGGAUCUGGCGGUUGUGCAGAAUAAGAGCGUCGAACUGAACAGCUCUGUGCUGCUGCUACGUGCUGGGAAAAUCAGUUUUGCAGAGCAGGUGGAUAAUGCUGCACAGAAGGGCGUCGCUGCUGUUCUAAUCUACCCUGAUUCUCAAGAUUACACUUACCGAUCAGACACCGAGCUCUACGGACAUGUCCAUCUGGGCUCCGGCGACCCCUACACUCCUGGAUUCCCCUCCUUCAACCAUACCCAGUUCCCACCAACCAAGUCGUGCGGUCUUCCCAAAAUUCCUGCCCAGACUAUCAGCGCCAACGUGGCUAAAACUCUCCUACAGAAAAUCGGUGGUCCUGAACCAGACGCAAGCAGCGGUUUUAAAGGCAGCCUCUUGAAGGAGCCUUACACGCUGGGGGGCAGCAAGAACAUCGCUGUCGAGGUGCACAACUUGACGGACGACAAGGAGAUCCACAAUGUGUUCGGAGUGAUCAAGGGAUUCACCGAUCCUGAUCGCUACGUUGUCCUGGGAGCUCAGAGAGACGCCUGGGGGGCAGGUUACACCAAAGCGACUGUUGGCACUGCCAUACUGAUGGAGCUGGCCAAGGCGGUCCACAAGAUGGUGGAGGAAGAUGGGUUCAGGCCCAGGAGAAGCAUUGUGUUUGCGAGCUGGAGUGCCGGAGAGUACGGAAGUGUUGGUGCUACCGAGUGGCUGGAGGCCCACAUGUCCUCUGCCGACAAGAAUGUUUUUACCUACAUAAGCCUGGAUGGAGUGGUCAUGGGCCGCGGGAGCUUCAUGGCCUCAGCGAGUCCGCUGCUCUACAGCCUCCUGGGGAACACGAUGAAGGAGGUGAAGAGUCCUGUGGAUUCUGGCAGCAUGUAUGAUGUGAUGGGAAAGGAUAAGUGGGAGGCCAAAGUACUGAGGCCGAUGUCGAUGGACGACCCCGCCUAUCCCUUCCUGGCUUUCUCUGGAAUCCCCUCCGUCUCCUUCCACUUCAUCUCUCUUGACUCUGAGUACUACCCUUACUACGGCACCAACCUGGACACGUCGGAUCACCUCAGCUUCCAAACCAACCAUCACACCAGCGAGAUGGUGGCGACGGCGGCGCAGUUUGCCGGCCAGAUGGCUCUGCGGCUGGUCCACGACCACCUGCUGAGUCUGGACGUGAGCCGGUACAGGGGCCUCCUCACCAAGACAGUGUCCACAGUCUACAGACGCGUCAGCAAGCUCUCACAGGAUGGUCAGCUACAGGAUGUGAAUCCCACCUGGCUGUCCAGGGCACGAGGAUCCUUUGAACGAGCUGCCAACAGCAUCACAAACGCCGUUAAGAACACCGACUUAAACGACCAGGAGGCCUGUCGGAUCCUCAACAACAGGAUCAUGAGGAUUGAGCACACCCUCCUCUCUCCAUACGUGUCCCCCGUCAACACUCCCUUCCGCCACAUCCUGCUUGGCCGAGGCCCCCACACUUUGGCAUCCAUCGCCGAGACCCCCGACAUGAAGGAGCUCCGCACCCAGCUGGCGUUGGCCACCUGGAGCCUGCAGGGAUGCGCCAACGCCAUGGUGGGCAACAUCUGGGACCUGGACAACCAAAUCUAAAGCGGGCCGCAGAGAUGAGAGCGUGGGAGUCGUGCGUUGGUGUGUGUGUGUGUGUGAGUGUGUUUGAAAAGAAACUUCGAGGUAAAUUGUCGAGCUCCAACCUUAAGCACAAGCUGUCCGUCAGAGGUCCCAUCCUUUAAAUACAUUCAGUUUUUGAGGGGGAAUGCUACUCUUCAAGAUCAAGGAGGAGAUAAAGUAUUGAAUUUUAAAGUUUAAAAACUGUGAGAUUAAAAAAAAAAAAGCAUCAAAUACUUGAAGACAUCACAUGCUACUGACAAAUCCGCCUUUUCUCCUCCUCCUGCUACACCUCAAACCAGUCGAAGCCUUUGCUGCGACCCGUUGCCAUCAAAGCACUGAGAAACCUUAUUUAUAACUUACUUUUUUUUUUUUUUUUAUCAGUGGCAGUGCCCACUAUAAAGUUAUAGUUUGUCUUUUUAUACGACGUUAUCGGAAGCAGUGCCUUCCAUAAUUAUGACGGUUAUACUGUCGAAACCUACGGCGGCAGCAUCUGCUACAGAAAGACUCCUCAACUGUUGCUGACAAAAUGGAGCCUCAGAUAAAAUUCGAUUCGUGUCCUCCUGGCCUUUAUUUCUUCCUUUUGUGUGGAGCUGUAUCGCAACGCUUUCGUCAAAAGGCAGAAAUAGAGGGUUGAAUAGUUUAAUAUAUAUAGCCAAUUGGCAUUUCAAUUGAUUUGCCCGAAACCAGACUAGAAACAACAAGACAACUGUCUGGUUGCUGCAGCAAACUGUUUAUUUAUCACAAACAAAGAGAUAAAAUACUGAAUUUUAUUUCUGCUUUUGAUGGCAAGGUGAUUGCUGAAUUUAAGAAAAGCAAUGCAGAACUUCCAGUAUGAUAUCGACCCUCCCACCUUUCUGGCGCAGUAAACUGAGCUGAUUGGAUGCAUAAUUUGCAAGAAAGCCAUUUAUGUUGCACAGUCUACUUUGGAGCAGCGAGUAAUAUGAAAACGUUAUCGGGAGCAGUGCCUUCCAUAAUUUAAAAAAAACCCCAUUAUCGGGAGCAGUGCCUUCCAUAAUGCUGAACAGUUGACGGUAGAUUUUGCCUACCAUUGUGUGUGUUUUUUGUACAUGUGUAUUUAUCGAGAGCAGUGUCUCUCAUAUUUCACUUGAAGGUGGAACAACUUAUCGGGGACAGUGUUUCCCAGAGUUUUAUACUUGACAUAUUUAUUUGUUUUAUUUUUGGAUUAUGUGUGUGUGUGUGUGUAGGCACAGACAUCCCCAGUGCAUCCACUUCUGGUUUCUUUAGUUUUUUUUGUGUGUGUGUUUAAAUUCCUGAUCCAUGGUGUAAUCAUAAUAAUGAAAACAUAACAGAAAUCUAUCCAGGCGAUGUUUUAAUUAUCAGGAAGUGACAGUUUGAGGUCUGUAACAGCCAGAAAUGUCCUGUUGUGGCCAUGGAAGAAUUGAAAUUGACUUCUGACACUCAUCACUCUCACAGACAUGAACCACAUGGUACUCAGUGUUACUGCCGCUUUGUCAUAUUAGUCCGUCAUGAAUAAACCGCCACAAAUCACACAAGUUAGACGUUGCCUGUAAAUCAUCACUUUUUUUUUUUUUUUUUUAGCUUUUCUGCAGUCUGAAAGAGUCCAGGGAUGUUGUCUUUAUGUUUCUGGGUACAUUAUAGUCAGGAGUCGCUAAUGGCUAAUUCAGCAUACUUUUAAUGGCCAAGUUGCCAAAAUGUGUUUAAAUCCAGUAUGCUGAUGUUUCUUUUUGAUUUCAAGCUUCAUAUGUUUUCUGUUUCUACAUAUACAUUAAGCUUCAUCGUUUCUGCCUACUGCACUGUCAUUCAAUCAGAUAUCUACCUUAGAGCAGCCCACUGGAUGAGCUUCUACACAGAGUGGCUGUUUUUCUGUCGAUAUAUUCGUUUCCAUGAGAUUAUCAGAAACUCUUUCGCUUUACACUGAGCUGAUUUUAAUUACAUCAGUUCAAGCAGCUCUAAAAAAAAAAAAUCUACUUAUACACAGAUGCACCUUCAGACCUGGAUUUAAGCUACAUUAGGAGCAGUUAUAGUUUACUGACCAACAGACGAAGAUCGCUUCUAUAAUUGGAGGAAUUAAAAUCACUGACCUCCCUCAGAGAAAUCCAUGUGGCAUAAGAUUUCAGUUUUGUUUACAUCCCGUCUGAACAAACCAACGUAUUUCAAUGCACUGAAUUCAUGAUAGUCAGCGACAAAUCUGUUUGCCUCGAUACCUCGAACUCUCCUCGUGGGUCAGUGACUUUAAAUCCAGUCCAGAUGCAGCUUUAGAUUCCAGUUUUGUUUCGCAUCUGAUCCAACACACUGAAGGGUCUUUAAAUGCACUGAAUUCAUGAUAGUUAACAAACCUUACCUCCAGACUUCUCUGUGUGUUACUGACUACAUAAACGCCACACGUGCUGCACAACACAGGAAUUUGCUCCACAAGCUGCAACCCUCUUGCAUGCGUUUCUUCCUCACUGCAUGUUUCUGAAGCGUAGUUCAGACUUGGACCAUGUUAUUAAGGUUUCACAUAUGAAUUAGGGUUGUUUGUUUUGUUGAUCAUACCAGAUAUUUUAACCAUUUCUUCCCAUUAAAGUUGGUGUUUUUUUCCCCCCAGAAUUGUAUUACCAGACCUCUGGAACAGAAUUAAAGAAACUCAAAAGUUUAAAAAAAAAUAAAAAAUGUCGUAAAAAAGCAAUUUCUAUUCAGAAGUUCUAAUUGGUAGCAAAACAUGUUAAAGGAACAUUAUCUGUUAAACUCAGUAACUAGCAAUGAUUCAAUAAGAGUGUUCAAACUGAUUUUGCUUCCUUGGGACAGUUCAACUUGUUACUAUUAUGUUUACCUUUGUUCAUGUCUCAUAAAAAAAAUUGGAAGAAAUUUCUCUGAAUCCUACGCUAGAAGUCAGGUUGCUAGGAAAUGCGUUUCCAUUCACUGUGUUGCUUUAAACCAACUGUUUAGUCUGAAUUCUGUACUCCAGAAGUUAUGAGAUUCUGUUUGUGAUUUCCAUGUUCAACAGAAAAGUGUAAUAAACCCUUUGGCUUAGCAUCCAG